UGUAGUUAAUAUCUAUGGUCCGUAUCACCACAGAGUCAAACACAUGACUUGACUCUCAGCCACCGCCUCUCUGGACUUAUUACUCUUAUAUAUACAAUUUUUUUCAUCUUCAAAGCCCUGCCUCUCCAGCACCAGAAUCAUCACAAAGGGAAACAUGAACACCAACAAUACUAAUACUCCUCCAGCUUUGGAUGAUGAUGAAGAAGAAGUUACGCUUCCUGGGUUUCGCUUCCACCCAACUGAUGAAGAACUUGUUGGGUUCUAUCUUCGAAGAAAGGUUGACAAGAAACCACUCAGUAUUGAGCUCAUCAAACAAGUUGAUAUCUACAAAUACGAUCCAUGGGAUCUUCCAAAGCCUAGCAGCGUUGGAGAGAAAGAAGGGUACUUCUUUUGCAAAAGAGGGAGGAAGUACAGGAAUAGCAUACGACCAAAUAGAGUGACGGGGUCUGGAUUCUGGAAAGCAACUGGCAUUGAUAAGCCUGUGUACUCGCACGGAGGAGAAGGCCGAGAUUGCAUUGGCCUCAAGAAAACGCUCGUCUACUACCGAGGAAGUGCAGGAAAAGGCACCAAAACCGAUUGGAUGAUGCACGAGUUUCGCCUUCCCACCAAUGACAGCAACACCACCGAUCUUGUCAACGCUAAAAUCUCUGCCCAAGAAGCGGAAGUUUGGACACUGUGCCGAAUUUUCAAGAGAAAUGUGUCACAUAGGAAGUACACACCAGAUUGGAGGGAAAUAUCUAACAAACGUCAACCAGCUGCGAUUGACAAAAGCUCUAAGACAUGCAGCGUAGAUUCUAACAGCAGAGAAACUUACCUUAGUUUUGGAGCUCCACACGUUGAAUGUAGCGAUAAGAAGCCUGUUUUUAAUCACGUGAAUGAGUGGAAGCAGUUUCAUGCAGACCAGUUGAGCUCCAUAACUACUCAGCCUUCAUCAUCUAUGGCAUCUCCCACGAAUAUUUCUAGCCCUUAUCGGAAUGAGGUCUUAGGUUAUAGUGACUGGGAUGAACUUAGAUCAGUUGUGGAGUUUGCAUUUGGUCCAUCUCUUUUGUAAAUAUUAAUUCUGUAGUAGUUGUAGUAUGGCGAUUUCUAGGACUAUUUAUAGCCUGCAGUUCGGCUUUUGUUUAUGUGAUCCUACAAAGACAUUCACUUCUAGCAUGAACUAAUUCAGCUUUAGACUGAAAAGCUAAUAUAAUCUACAUGUAAUGCCUUUUUUUUUUU